AUGUUGCGCUCCCAAGACACGCGAAAAGAGUUCGACCCUGCGCAGCAUUCCGACUUUUUUCUUGCACGGGGGCCUUGCCUUCCCUCCUCUGGCCCUCGUCCAUACGAGGUGGCGUUGCAAGCCAGCGCGCUGUGGACUGUGUGCUUCGGGGAGGCUGGGCAUAUGUUUGGGAUGCAAACUUCUCUAUGGUUUCGUCCUUGGCCUAUCGCUGACGACUCUUCCGAAAGGAGGUGGAAAGAGGCCCUUGAGAUGAGAAGGAACCGGCCUCACUCCCUCACCCAAACGACACAAAUGGGUUUCGCGAACUCACUGUCCCAUCGACCCCUGACAGCAAGCGGAAAACUAAGCCGUACAACGGACCUCUUCUUCGCUAUUGUUCGCCGUUUGCUUCCAAAUUGCCUUCUCGGGACCUACAGCCUGCCGCCAUACCGUGAUACCCUGCUGGAUGCCGAGACUGCAUCAAACAAGGACGCUGAGACUAACGAUAUGGGUCAAAAGUACAACAAUCGGUCGACCUACGAUUACUGCGAAUUGACGGUCCUGAAGUUCGCAGGAAGCGCGAAGAUGUGGCUUUGGAGGAACCUGAAAUCGGAUUUGAGCACUCUUUCCUCGGGAUUGGCUUGCAAAUCGAACUAG